AUGGAGGGCGAGAUACGUUUUCCACUGAUACUCAAUAACAAGACGAAACCCACCAUCCCACAAGGCAAGAAGUCCAGUAUCAGUACUACGGCCACAGCACGCGCUCCUCGACGGCGAGCCACCAUGGCUGGCGGCCUCUUGACAUGGAGGCUCGGGGCAGCGCCAUCGUUCCACAAAGAGACGAAGCAGUUGACGCGAGCCCGACGCAACGGCGCAACCUUUCGACCAAGCGUCAUGGAAGCGCGGCUGGUCUGGGCACAGAUUCCGGCGAGUCUGGCUGCGAGGCCGUCGCUGAACAAUUGGUUCGAAGCUGAAGGCUCCUUCACGACUCAAGCAUACAUGUUCCUCGAUGCCGGCAAUCCAAAGGCGCAAUGUUUCUUCUCGACCCUGGACUUCAAGGAGGUCCACCACGCGGUCCUGGGCAUGCUGCUCUCUUGGCUUCACUUCGAGUUCCCCAGGCAGUACCCGCUCUCCGUUGCGCGCUGGCACCAGGGACAAAGUAUCGCGGAGCUGAGGCGGCGAUUGGGGCGGAACCAGUACGAUGAUGAAACGUACGUGAUCAUGUUUUGCGCCAUGCAGGCCGAUUCUCUUAAAACCAGGCUGGAUUUCUUCGUCCUGGAGGCCCUCGAAUCGCCUUCAUCUCGCCCUUCGAUCGGCGUAGACUACGACCGCCACAGCAAACCGCUCACAUACCCGACGCCGCCGUACACCGCGCACGUGGAGGAGGCGGUAUCGCGAUUCCCGCCGGGCUUGCAGGACAUGGCGCGACAACCGCACGGGAUGAGUCUGGAGGUGAUCAAGUGGUGGGAUGCGCUGCUGCGGUGGAUGGCACACGUCAGCAUCACGCCUUACGCCGAGCAGUACGACAUCUACCCGGACUACGACGAGGUGGGCUGGCUGAUCCUAAAGCGCCUGGACGGGCGCACCGCGCCCCACGAGCGCGCCUCCUGCAUCGCCGUCUCCCUGCACAUGGCGGGCAUCUGGUACCGCCGCAUGGUGUACAGCUCGAUCGUGUUCCGGACGCUGCGGGCGCAGGGCACGCGGCUGGUCGCGGCGUGUGAGCCCACGACGGCGGCGGAGCGCGACUGGUGGAUUUUCCACGGCCUCAAGAUCUACACGUAUUGGAAGACGGAGACGGCAGGCAUGGACGAGGCCGGCUUACGUUUGCUCGCGGGCUUGAAGGCAAAGUUCGACGAGGUCGCCUGCUGGGAUACCCUGCUACCUGUGUUGCAGAAGUUCCCUGCUUUCGGUCCUGAUCUGUCGGAAUGGGAGCAUCUUUGGCUCGAGGGCAUCAACUCCUUGGCGGAGCAUGGAUCCCUGCCUUUGCGCUGA